GACCGCGAAGGCAACAGUGUGUCACGUGACCAGCUGGCACAGCUGAGGGACGGAGAGAGAGGCUAGCGCCGUUAGCUCCGCUAGCUUUGUCUGGCCACAGUAUAAUCCCGGAAGACGCCAACGUCGCUUUGCACGUUCUAGAAGGCAGCCAGCAAGGCCGAACGCGACACAAAAACGAUGGCGGCGUCGCAGCGGACGUGUUUGUAUGUCGUGUCGCCUGGUUCGAACGGUGUUCGGCGCGCUGUCAAUGUCACAGUGUGCAGUUAGUGGGCAGCGAGUCCGCCGCAACACCAGCGAGGCCCGGGCGACCAAAGACAGGCUGCUGGGUGGACCGAGAAGAGAACCGGGCCUUGGACCUUCUCGCUCCUUGAGAGGUCAUCUUCCUUAACGUCUUCAUUUCAGCCAUGUCUUCACCAGGGUGCUGCCACCUACCCGGCUCCCUCUGCGAUUACUCCGGGAACACUGAGUCGGACUCCGCUAAGGAUUCAGAGGAGUCCGAUUCCACAGCACAAGCCCAGUUUAUUGCCAAGGUUACAGCUAAAGAUGGCCGCCCACUCUCCACUAUUGUCAAAGCUGUGAGCCUGCAAAGUGAUGUCGGCAUGUGCCGGAUUUGUCACGAGGGAGGUGGCGGGGAGACGCUGCUGUCUCCAUGCGAAUGCACUGGAACGCUGGGGAAAGUGCACAAGAGCUGCUUGGAGAAGUGGCUGUCGUCCUCCAACACCAGCUACUGUGAACUCUGUCACACCGAGUUCACCAUUGAACGGAGGCCACAACCGCUCACACAGUGGCUGAAGGACCCGGGCCCCCGCAGCGAGAAGAGAACGCUGCUGUGCGACAUGGCCUGUUUUCUUCUCAUUACGCCCCUGGCAGCCAUCUCUGGUUGGCUGUGUCUUAGGGGUGCCCAGGACCACCUGCAGCUCAAGAGCAGACUGGAGGCUGUGGGGCUCAUCGCACUUACCAUCGCCCUUUUCACCAUCUACAUCCUCUGGACACUGGUGUCCUUUCGGUAUCAUUGUCAGCUGUAUUCAGAGUGGAGGAGGACCAAUCAGAAAGUGCGCCUGCUCAUGCCUGACAUGAAAGGCGCGCACACCACCCAAAGUUCUGUGCCGACCAAGUCGACAAAGAAAAUGACUGACGAGACCAUCGUAUGAGUGCAGGUCAGCGGCGAGGGGGAAGUAUUGAAAAUAGCGCCGGCCCAAGCACUCUCUAAACAAAACAAGAACAAUCUAAUCAUAUUAUUGAACCUUUGCACUUCAUAUGGACUAUUUCGAGAGGGGCCCAGGACGACGUUUCCCCCUCUGUUUUCUUGUAUUGAAGCACUUGAUGUAAACUCGGGCAGUAUUGGCUGGACACAAGUGGGACUCUCGGAUGAACUCCUUCCAGAGUCACCAUUGAUUUUGAUAAAGGUCUUGUCUGAGGACAGCUGGUGCUGAGAACGGCUGGAAAUGAAGAUGGACGAACUAGCCUGGCCUUGACUAAGGUAUGAAAUACUAAGACAGGAGCUAAUGUAGCAGGAUAUAACUGACCGCAUGCUACAACAGUAUAAUAUGACAAAUAUUCACUACCUAGAUUUCCCCACACGCACCUUCACUAUGUAUUUAGCUGUUUGUAACAAGGGGCAACCUUUAGCGUGGAAGAGUAUACUACAGCCCCUGAGUUGGGACAUUAACUUUCAGUAUGCAAAACUUAAGCUAUAAGUAGAUCAUCUAUGUCAGGGGUGUCCAAACUACAACUUCAUUUCAAAUAUCUGACAGCAUAUGUGGACGUGGUGAGUAAUCCCAGGAUAAUGACCAGGAAUGGCAGUUUUAAGCCUGAACAACACAGCAUUUUUUUAUAUGUCCCAAUCCGAACAACCUUUCCCACUCAUGGCGCAAAUAAACUAACACAAAAAGUCAACACACAUGGUCACACAUGACACAUAUCCACAAAGUUCAAGCACAACACAUAAUUCAAUGUUACACUCGUUUAAAUUCCCUGCAAUGCAUGAUGGGGAAAAAUGCAAAACACUCUCCUCACACGUAUACAUGUUUGGUGCAUUUUAGCUGCUUGAUGUUUCUGAUUGAUUACAAAAAAACCCGUCACGGAAGUAAACAAAGUAGGAGUCGAAUUUUCGCAAACUCUUAAUAUCCAAUUAUAUUGUUUAUAUAUCCAUUAUAUUAUGUGUGUGUGUGUGUGUGUGUGUGUGUAUGUAUGUAUGUAUAUAUAUAUAUAUAUAUAUAUAUAUAUAUAUAUAUAUAUAUAUAUAUAUAUAUAUAUAUAUGUCUUAAUUAGAUUAUCCAAAAAAUAGUGCUCGAUACCGUGGUAGAGCGUAAUAUGUAUGUGUGGGAAAAAAAUCACAAGGCUAUUUCAUCUCUACAGGCCUGUUUCAUGAGGGGUUUACCUCAAUCCUCAGGAUUGAGGUAAACCCUCAAAGCGCUUUGACACUAUUUCAACAUUCACCCAUUCACACACUGAUGGCGGGAGCUGCCAUGCAAGGCCCUAACCACGACCCAUCAGGAGCAAGGGUGAAGUGUCUUGCUCAAGGACACAACGGACGUGAUGAGGUUGGUAGAAGGUGGGGAUUGAACCAUGAACCCUCAGGUUGCUGGCACGGCCACUCUUCCAACCGCGCCACGCCGUCCCCAGUAAUAGAAAUACCGUCUUAAUUUUUUAUUUGCCGAAAAAAACGUCAUUUAUUUAUGAAUUUUAGGCAACAGGAAGUCAGGCGCAUGCACACUAGCGUCAUUUGGCUUGAUAAUCAUGGCGGACUAACUACACAGACUUUGCUCGGGAGAUUUCCCCUCAGAGUAAACGGAGCCAAGCGCUUGGUUUAACGUAAUUUUCCCUCGCUUCCCUCCGUGUGUUUAAGAGCGCACCUCUGUGUUUAGAUGGAGACAGGUGUGGACAAUAUUGGAGACACUUGUCCCCACACUAAAAGUAUACAGCGAAGGAGGAAACUAUUUGAUGUUUUGCAGCAGGUGAUGUGGCAGGACCGUUGUAACAACUUGUUUAUAAAGUCUUUACUUUGUUUAAUGGGAUGUUCACUACUCCUUUAUACAACUGCAAACUGUAUCAAUGUUCAAAUAACAUCAAUACAAGCUAAAAUGUUUUGUCAUCUCAUCAAACUCAACGCAGGCUGUGAAGAUUUUGUAUUCGAUGUGAGAGGUGUCACUCCUCUUUAUUUGUGUUGGCCAAACUGUUGUACUGAACCAAGAAAAGAAAAAAGCUUGUUUAUUUAGACUUCAUCUUCAUUAGCCAAACUGCUUUGUGUUUUAUUUUAAUAUCAAAAAGUAAACACAAGGAUUUUUACAUUACUUGUUUUUUGUCAUGUCACAAAGGUAUUACUUCAAAAACAUUCAUGUGACACAGCAUUUAGUUAAUGUUUUAUUUUGUAUAGUUAAUUCCUAUAUGACAUUUCUGCUCAAACUCUUAAUGGAUCUGUCCAGAUACAGCAUCUACAUGUACGUAUAAAUGUACAAAACUUAAAUAAAUAAUUUAAAAAACUCCCUCUAUCAAAAUGUAAAAAUAGAGAUAAAGGCAUCAUGCAAUGACAAAAUGCUGACAAGUUGAUAUUAUUAAAGAAUUUAAAAAAAACUAAUUUCUCUUUAGAUUAUAUGGAUAACGUUUAUCUAUAGUCUUUUUAUUAGACAUGACAAAUGACAUGAUGGUGUUACGUUCACACCCCAACACUGCUUUACACAACAAUAAGUAAUUGUGAUUUCAAUAUCGAUAACAAUAAACUUAAUUAUUACUUUGGCCAUAAUUGGCAGCCCUAGAUCUCACACUAUUUUUAUCUAUACAGACAAAAAGUGCAGUUACAUUUUAUGGCCAUCAGGUGCCAUCUUUCAACGUGUGUGUGUGUGUGUGUAAAUAUAUAUGUAUAUAUAUGUAUAUGUGUAUAUAUAUAUAUAUAUAUAUAUAUAUAUAUAUAUAUAUAUAUAUAUAUAUAUAUAUAUAUAUAUAUAUAUAUAUAUAUAUAUAUAUAUAUAUAUGUAAAUGGCCCUGCGAUGAGGUGGUGACUUGUCCAGGGUGUACCCCGCCUUCCGCCUGGAUGCAGCUGAGAUAGGCUCUGUCACGC